AUGGUAAAAGACGCCCAUACGGUAGAAUGUGUCAACGAAGCGAUUGAUGAUAAUCAUCUGUGGUAUUUAGCAUAUGGCAGCAAUAUGAACAAGAAAACCUUUCAAGGUCUCCGUAAAAUAGUUCCACUUCAGCACAAAGCGGUUACUGUCCCCGAAUAUUGGCUGAGCCUUGACAUGAUGGGUUCACCUUAUAUUGAACCAUGUUUCGCAAGUAUUGUAAAAAGAACCCGUCAGAAUAUUACUGAAGGAUAUGCAAGAGAAAUACAUUUACGAUGCAAAGCAGGAACUUUAUUUAAAUGGAAUCCGGAUAACCCCGAAGAAUCGCUGCCCCCCACACUUCACGGAGUUGCUUAUUUAAUCACGAAAGAGCAGUUCAAACGAAUAUUGAUGACCGAAGGUGGAUGGGGAUACGAUGAUUUUCCAGCUGGAUAUUCUGUAAUUGAUGUAGAAUGCAAAACUUGUGAUGCUGAAAAAAUUGUUGCCAAAACACUGAUUGCCAGACCUGCUUCCGUGAAAAUAGGAUGUCAGGCUAGUGAAAGAUACUUGAAUUUAAUGCGAGAAGGUGCGAAGGAAUUUGGAUUCGAUCCUACUUAUCAGAAAUAUCUCUUCGACCUCCAACCAUAUCGACCAGAUACUCAGAGCCAUGGAGUGAAGUCGGUCAAACAAUUGUUGGCGCAAGACGGUGCUUUACCUAGUACUAAAGGAGUCCCUUUGAAAGAAGAAAUUCAAGAGAGGGCUUCAUUACAGAACCUAAUAGGCUGGCUGCCAUAUGCUAAGAAAAUGCCAGCUGAAGCCAUUGAAAAUAGAGUGCACUCGGAUAAUAUGGCUCUCAAGCCUUCGCGGAAAAAUUUAGAACCAGAAACAAUAUUAAAGGCUGUUGUACUUGCUGAUAGUUUUAACGAACGCUUCAGACCGCUUACUUUCGAUAAGCCUAGAUGUCUAUUACCAUUAUGUAACACACCUCUUCUUGAGUAUACGCUGGAGUUUCUCGCUGUAGCAGGUGUUCAAGAAGUCGUAUUAUUAUGUAAGAAUCAUCCUGAACAAAUAAAGAAUUACGUCAGAUCAUCGAAAUGGAAUCGACCAUAUUCCCCACUAAAGAUAAUCACUAUAGUCACUCCAACUGCCUUGUCUGUUGGCGAUGCACUGAGAGAAGUAGAUAAUCGACAUUUAAUUUCAUCUGAUUUUAUUCUUGUAAGUGGAGAUGUUGUGUCGAACGUUCAAUUGGAUAAGGCAUUAGAGCUCCACAGGGCUCGAAAGGCUACAGAUAAGGAUUCCAUAAUGACGAUGGUCUUGAAAGAAGCGAGUCCUUUUCAUAGAACACGGGCUCUGGGUGAAUCAUCGAUUUUUGUGAUUGAUGAGAAAACAAGUGAAUGUCUUUAUUACGAUUCUUUGAAGCUGUUUCCGAGAAAAAGACGUAUGGUUAUGAGCAUGGAAGUGUUCGAUAAACACAGCAACGUCCAGAUUAGAAACGAUCUGAUCGAUUGCCAGAUUGAUAUCUGCUCUGUGGAGGUUCCCGCGCUAUUCAGUGAUAACUACGACUGGCAAGAAAUAAGACAAGACUUUGUCUACGGCAUUCUAACUACUGAAUUUCCCAAAAAGACGAUAUAUUCUCACGUUGUAAAGGACUCAUAUGCAGCACGCGUACGAAGUUUACAAACAUAUAACGCAAUCAGCAAAGAUAUGCUGUCGAGAUGGACUUACCCGAUAGUUCCAGACAGUAAUUUACAAGAAGGCGAUAGUUACAAGUACUUACGUGGACAUAUUUACAAAGAGCAAGAUGUCAUACUGUCGAGAUCGUGUGUCUUGGGGGAGAAUGUUCAAAUUGGAAGUGGUAGCGAGAUUGGGGAGAAUGUCAAGAUCAAUAAUUCGGUUAUCGGACGUCGUGUUCAAAUAGGAGCCAAUGUAACGAUUGAAGGAUCGCAUAUAUGGGACGAUGUGAAAAUAAGUGCCGGCUGUACAAUAUCGAAUUCGAUUCUUGCAGCAGGAGUACAGUUGGAAGAAAAUGUUGCGGUUCAAGAGGAUUGUUUGCUAUCGUACUAUGUUGUAGUAGGCCCUGAUGUUACUUUGCCCCCCCACACAAAGCUCACAAGACACACCGAAUCUAUGACUGCUACUCAAGAUAAAAAGGAGUCUUUAGAUCAUGAUUAUGAUCAAACUUUAAUUGGCGUUAAUGGUAAGGGAAAUAUAUGGGAAGACACGGAAUUAUUUGUAGACGAUCAAGACUUCCGAAACGCCCAAAUCGCCUCACUUGCCUAUGACCUAUCAACGGUUACACUUACUGACUCCGGAUCAGAAGCUUCCGUAAUAAGCGGAUCGUCCAUUUCAGAUGACGACGAUUAUGGAGAUACGAAUAGCACGGAGAAUUUCUCCCGAGAAGUCGAGCAAACACUCGAUCGUGCUUUUAAUGAAAAUCACAGCGUUGAAAUAGCUGCAUUGGAAUUGAAUACCCUUCGCAUGGCAACGAACACUACUUUUCAUGAUCUACGCACUGUGGUCAUUCCAAGUAUUUUGGACUUGGUCAAGAUUGAAAAAUUAAAUGAAAGUGUGAAAGAGGUUUUGAAUAAAUGGGGACCAUUAAUUGGGAAGCUUAUUUUGUCCGAAGCGGACCAGGUCGACGCAUUGAAUGUAUCACAGGGACACUGUGCAAAGAAAGAUUGUGACCCAAAACUUCUUUUUUGGACUAUUCGUUUGUUAUAUGAGCAAGACAUAAUUGAGGAAGAUGCCAUUUUGGAGUGGUAUAAUUCCGAGAAUGCAAGAGGCGCAGGAAGACCUGACAUAUAUGGCCAGUUAAGAGAUUCGCUUACGCCAUUCGUUAGAUGGCUGCAAGAAGCAGAGGAAGAGACGGAGGAUGAAGCUAGUGGUGAUGAGACAUAG